AUGAAAGCAUCACUACUGUGGGCCCUCCUUAUUGGCCUUUCCAAUCUCUUGCCUGUCACAUCACAACAGGAUGAACUGCCUUCCACUGCACCCUGCUUCAUGCUAUCGGCAGAUCCUGCCAACCGGAAUGAGUUUGUUUUAUCGAGUUCUCCCCCCACCGGAACCAAUUGCAUGCAGACGCCCAAAGAUGGCUACUAUCGGUUGACCAUCACACCCGACCUGCCGGGUCGCUAUGAGAUGCAAGAAGAAGAUUCCGGACUUGGCUAUGCCUGGUCGUAUCCCGCUUUAGGCAUUCACUACUGUGUGGACGCGGGUAGCACAUUGACGUUGGUCGACUUUGUGGAAGGCGCCAUCAUGUUGGUGACAAUGGCACG